AACCUCAUCCACGCUCUCCCUCUCCCUCCACUCAUUUCCACUCCUUUCCUCCAUACCAGAAGAAAGACACAUCCCAACACCACAUGAAGAUAAGAUUUUACAAAAGAAAAACCAAGCCCACAUACCACACCCUCUCUCUCUCUGCUCCCGACUUCCUCUUCUCCCCCAGAGCCCAAAAACCCCAACAAAACGAUGGCUUGCUCGAAUUUAACAAUGUGGGUGUCCUCAAAACCUUCUCUUUCCGAUGUUUCUGGACUCUCUUUCCGUUCUUUUCUCAACCCUUUUCAGGUUCCAUCCCACAAUACACCCACCUGCAACCCCUCUAGAUCGGUAACCCCAAUCCACUGCGGUCUUCGUGAGCUCCGAGAUCGUAUUGACUCGGUGAAGAACACCCAGAAGAUCACCGAGGCUAUGAAGCUUGUUGCUGCUGCUAAAGUCAGAAGAGCUCAAGAAGCCGUUGUUAAUGGCAGACCCUUCUCAGAGACUCUGGUAGAAGUUCUUUACAACAUCAAUGAGCAGCUGCAAACUGAAGACAUAGAUGCCCCUCUCACCAAUGUUAGGACUGUCAAGAAGGUUGCCUUGGUUGUUGUCACCGGGGAUAGGGGUCUUUGUGGCAGUUUCAACAAUCAACUUAUCAAGAAAGCAGAGGCCAGGAUCGCGGAACUGAAGGGUCUUGGUGUUGAUUAUACUGUUAUUAGUGUUGGUAAAAAGGGUAACUCGUACUUCCUUCGGAGGCCUUACAUUCCGGUUGAUAAGUUUCUUGAUGGCAGUAAUCUCCCUACUGCUAAAGAAGCUCAGGCCAUUGCUGAUGAUGUCUUCUCACUCUUCGUUAGUGAAGAGGUGGAUAAGGUGGAGCUUUUAUACACCAAAUUCGUGUCAUUGGUUAAGUCCGAUCCGGUUAUUCAUACCUUGCUUCCACUCUCCCCAAAGGGAGAGAUCUGUGAUGUGAACGGAAACUGUGUGGAUGCUGCUGAGGAUGAGUUGUUCAGGCUUACAACCAAGGAAGGGAAACUGACUGUGGAAAGAGAUACUGUGAGGACUCCAACACCCGAUUUCUCGCCAAUUUUGCAGUUUGAGCAGGACCCAGUUCAGAUUCUUGAUGCUUUGCUGCCUCUGUAUUUGAACAGCCAGAUUUUGAGGGCAUUACAGGAAUCGCUAGCCAGUGAACUUGCUGCUAGGAUGAGUGCCAUGAGCAGUGCAACUGAUAAUGCAAGUGAGUUGAAGAAGACCCUGUCUAUUAUCUACAAUAGGCAGCGCCAGGCUAAAAUCACGGGUGAGAUUUUGGAGAUUGUUGCUGGUGCCAAUGCUGCUCAAGCCUAGGAUAGUGAGCCAAUGUUAUGCUUCUUUAUAGGUACUUUUAUGGAUGUUUCCUAAUUCAUCCAGAUAUGCUUGUUUAAGAACAGUUAUGCAGAAUUUACACAUUUUCAUUGUAAUUCUCAUGCGUAUUCACACCGAGAACUGCAAUGUAUUUUGGAACAGAGGAGCAUUCUACUUACUUUUGUAUGUCAUUUUUUCUCCCUUGUAAAAUUGUAUUAUUUAAAAAUCUCACAGCAUGGUAAUCUUGUUAGUCUAUGCUUUAACUGUA